CUGAACUCAAAAGCAGCAUGAUGGAUAGUUUCACUGUAUCUGGGCAAUAGAGCUAAGGCCCACCCACAGGACGGGGCUUCUCAGGAGCAUCUGUGGGUCAUAUAAACCUUCCCCUCAGUGGGAGAGCUCAUGGUUUGCACUUGAGGACUGAGGCACAGCUUUAUAAAACACACAAACACAGAAAGUCAACAGCUAUGGUGUCCCUGGGGCUGCAAAUUCUGGGUGUGGGGCUGGCGGUGCUGGGAUGGAUAGGCAACAUCCUGAUCUGUAUGCUGCCUCUGUGGAAAGUGUCUGCUUUCAUUGGAAACAACAUUGUUGUUGCUCAAACCAUCUGGGAAGGAUUAUGGAUGACUUGUGUGGUGCAGAGCACAGGUCAGAUGCAGUGCAAAGUCUACGACUCUCUUCUGGCCCUGCCUCCGGACCUUCAAGCCGCCCGGGCCAUGGUGGUCAUUGCCAUCCUCUUCUCGUUCUUUGGCGUGAUGCUUUCAAUGGUCGGAGGUAAAUGCACCAUUUGCAUUGAGGACAAAGCAGCGAAGGCCAGAGUGGCCAUUUCUGCAGGUGUCUUCUUCAUCCUGAGUGGAGCUUUGUGUCUGGUGACCGUGUCUCUGCCUGCCAACACCAUCAUUAAGGACUUCUACAACCCCCUGGUCCAUGAUAACCAGAGGAGGGAGUUGGGUGCCUGUUUGUAUGUGGGCUGGGGUGCAUCAGGACUGUUGCUGAUAGGUGGUGCUCUUCUCUGCUGUCAGUGUCCGCCCAGAGGAGACCGCUACAACGGACCAAUGUAUUCUCCACCUAAAUCCACAACACCCGGGAAAGAAUUUGUCUGAAGUGAACUCUCUCUGUCUCAUUCUACAUGGGCAACAGUCAUAAACAUGUAAAUUGUGUUUGUGAUUAACAACGUUUAACUAACACACUUCUGGGGUUUUUUCUGUUUUUGAAAUAUACAAGAGACCUUAAGGUACGUGUGGUGUAAAUGGGGAAACAACAGAGUUCACUCAGUCUCCUUUGUUUUGUUUUUUCAGUAUUAAUUCACACUUUCAUAAACUGCUGUAUCUUAGCAUCAUAAAUGAAUGUGUUCAAUAUAUAAGUAAAUUCUUGUCAUCACUUUUGCUUUUUACGUAAUAAACAGUAUUUUCAAUAUUGAA